AUGACACCCUUACAUGUCGCAACCUUCGUGCACCAAGAUGUUGCGCUCAAUAUGGUGUCUUCGCUCAUCAUUGGCUCCGAAGCGGCUUCCGCAUACUGGACCUCUGUUCUCGGUUCCUCCGAAAUCGUCCAGAACGCCACGACUCCGGUGCCCAAUAAUUUCACUUUCUUCGCUCUCCAUGGCGACUCCAAUCAUCCCAUUCAACUCAUCCAACCACUAGCAGGCGACACUGUCGAUGAAACACUCUUCUGGCUACCAUCAUCUCGCACACUGAUCGCUGGAGAUACUGUUUACAGCAGUCAAGUUCACCUCUUUAUGGCUGACAUGCUCACGCCGGCCUUAACUGACUCUUGGAUAUCGACACUCGAUUUGCUGUUAGGCUUGAACCCUGAAAUUGUUAUUCCAGAUCACUCGCUUUCAAACGAAUCAUUCGACAGAACAGGGAAUCUUGAGUAUACUCGGGAGUACUUGGCGUUUUGGCAGUGUGAAGUAGAGUCGAAAGGACUGGACUACUAUACACCCCAGGAACUGUACACUCUCUUGGAUAAGCGGUUUCCCAGGAGGCUUGACGCCACUUCACAAUUCUUACGCAACGUAACUGCUGAGAAUUUUGCAAGAGGCGGGACUCGACUUGGACACUUCUUGGAUUUCACUGCAUAUAACAGUACGAAGGAACUAAACGGCUGGGAAUUAUAG